AGUCACGGAAAAGCAAAUCAUGCCAAAAUAAAGGAAUCCACAAACAGUUUGGGGAAUUAACAGUGGAUGAUGCGUCGGGCCCGUGUAGGCGUGCUAACAUGGCCAUGGGCUAAGGUUUAGAAGUAGUAAGGGAUUAACAAUGGAAAAAUUGUGUUUGUGAACAGGUUGGGAAAGUUUUGCCCCAAAAAAAAAAAAAAAAAAAAAACUUGUAGCGCUUUUCCUCCUUGCACGGAUGCGGUUUCGGGAAUCGACAACAUGUAAGUUUUGAUAAAAGAGCAGCACGUACUCACUGAAAGGUUUAUUAAUUGAUUAACCUCGUUACAGUGCAGUUUGAAACUUUGCCAACGAUUGCGGGUUGAUUGCGAGUGAUUGCUUUUUUUUUUUUUUUUUUUUGGUUUUCAUGCCGUUAGGCUUCUGGGGGGGAAAUGGACUACAACUCCAAAAGGUGACUGGAUCUGUAGGCUAAUAUCCGUGGAGUUAAAAAUGUGUGUGUGAAAUCAAACAAAAGACAUGAACAAUGGCAGAAAGAGAGAGGAAGAACGCGGCUGUGUAUCGUAGCGUCUCUUUUAAAAAGUUGGGGUCCUGGAGCGCCAACAGGAGUGAAUGCCAACAACACAAAUCAGAGGAGUUGGAGGCAGCUGGCGUCGCCCUCCCCCCGGAGCCCAGCAAAGCAGAACGGCCCUUUGCGACGCGUAAUGUCAGUGUGUCAAGAAAAGUUUCCAAAAUCUCUGCCACUACUACCGCUGCCGCCGGCCUCCCGACCGCAGAUCCAAAGAGAGCCUCCUCCACUCCUCUCUCCUCUAUUUCUCCAUCCAUCCGACAGCUCACUGAGAAGUUUAGCAGCAGCGGCUCUGCCGGGACGCGCCGAGCCUCACCGGGGGACGGCGCAGCAGUGACGCGGGGGAGCAGCACUCUUCCCCGGGCCAAGGGCUCCAGGAGAGACGGGUCUCGGUCUCUUAAAUCUUCUCACGAGGAUAGUUGUGGCGGUGGAUAUUUCCAGGAUAGUGAUACAACGACGGCAGAGUCACCGACAGACAAAGUGCAAAAGUUUUGCUCUGACACGGACUCCGUGUCAGGCUCUGAGUCGGAGAAGAAAAGCAGGCAGCGGAUUUUUACGCGUUUAUCAACCGACAGCAACUCUGGUAAGAGAGAUUAUUCACAAAUCAAUGCAUGUCACCCUGAUCCCAGAAAGACUUUGACUACAGACGAGGAAGAGGAUGUUGCUAAUAGAGGGGCUCCCCCACCUUGUAAAUCUCACAGAAGUUAUCCCUCUACACACCACAGUGACUUUAUUCCCCUGCACUCUGAAAAGUGGCCCAGUGUCACAAAAAUUAGGCAACUUUUUGAUGAGAUACAAGGCCAAGCUACACAGCAGCACAAGACUGACUCUUGUGAGAAUUUAAAAGCAGCCGUCAGAGGACAUCUGCACGACCUCAGCCCCAGUAAAAGUGCUCCUCUUUCGGAUAGAAGUGACAAGGUCUCGCCUUGCAGCUCUGCUAAUGAAGCCGGUAGCCUGUCUUUGCAUGGCAAAUGCAUUGUUGGAGCACAAAGGAAAGAAAGCGCUGCUUGUUACGGUAUGGACUGUUAUUCCAAAACUGACCACCAGCAGUACUCAAAUGAUGAGGAGGCAGACCUAGAAUCACAAAGUUCUGAUAACAAACACGUUUCUGGCAGAAACCCUUUUCAAAGCAGCGGCAGUAGCGGUCUCAGUUGCACUGGGGGUAGUCCCUACCAGAGGAUUAACCCAUCUCCAUUCAGAUCUCAUAGUCCCAGCACUGAGGCAGAGGCUGCCCACAAGACCCUUAGGACAACAGGGUUGACAUCUGACCCCAGCCCUGACCUUCAACCCCCUGCUACUUCGUCUUGGAGUCGACCGGAGAGCUUGGACACGUCCUCCUGCUCCUCCUCUCUUCAGCGGCCGACAGUGAGGGAGAGAAGGGAUAGACAGGGGGUCGGGCUGCCCAGGGAUAGUUUACAUUCCUCACAUAGCUCCUCUAGAGCGCCUGCCCCCACCUCCUCCCUCUUCUCUGCUCCAGCUCCAGAUAAAGCCAUUACCUCCUCCUCCUUGACUGUAGCUCCCUCCACCGAGCUAAGAGCCCUAGCAAGAGUUGCCUCUCCCCUAAGCUGCCACUGGAGGUUUAGCUCUGGAGACGAAGAGGAGGUACACACCAGGAGAAGAAGAGGAGGUGGAGGAGGCAGUUGGAUUGUUCCUUCUUGCCCUGCUCCUUCCAUCUCCUAUAGAGCAGGAGAAAGGAGCGCCACUGAGCGAGGAGGUAGCUAUUUAUCCCGCAGUAAACAUGGCUGGUGGGGGGCUAAAGGCAUUGGCAGGUCCUCAGGCAGUGAGGAGGACAGCCCUGGUUCUUUAGGUCUGCACAGUCGCGAGACAGUGCGCCGCCGCUCACUGAGAAAGAAGAAGAAAGUCAGUGGAGCUGCUCUCGCAACAGGCAAUGAUGAUUAUGAUGAUUAUGACGAUCACUAUGGCGAAUCGGAAGACAGCGACAGCGACACGGCCUUGACGAUGGAGCACUUAGAGAGGCACCCCCAGCAAAACGCAGGAGGAGAAUUUGUAGGAACAGUAUCUCGGAGCCACUCGGCAAGAGCACCCAGCAGUCACAGUAACAGAGCCAGGGUACAGCAGUGGGAGCGCAUCUCCUCACCUGUGACAUCCACAACCCUUACCGGUGUAUCACGAGUGUCAAAGAUCAACAUCCCCCCAUUUGUUUCCAGUCCUGGUGGUUCGCGUUGCAACAGUCGGUACUCCAGCACUGAGACACUUAAGGAGGAGGAGCAGGCUGGCUGCGCCAACCGUGCAGGAAAUGUCUUAUAUAACCCAAGCGGAGCAGGAGGCAACGCUAGCAGAACUGCAUCCUCGUCCAUGCUGAGUAAAACUUACCAUGGGAAUUUUACCAUGUACCGCUCCCCAAGUUUUGGCCAUGGGGAUAACUUCUCCCACACCCCUGUGUGGGUGCGCCCCAAGAUUGUGCCCACAGUCACCCCCUUAUCUAGUGUACUUGCCAGAGAAGGCAGGGUAUCUGCAGGAGUUGGGGGUGGUGAGACCACGGCAUUAAGGAGGACCACAGGUGGGGAUGGGGUGGAUGAUAAAGACAAAAAACAAAUAUCCAUGUCCAACCCUGAUAUCACCUCAGACACUAUGUCCCUCUUAAGCUUUCUUAAAUCUGACCUGUCCGAGCUUAAGGUGCGGAAAACUAAUGGAGACAAAUCCGGGGUCGUGGAGGGGACAACAGUGUACAGGAUGGGCUCACGGGCUCAUGGCGGUACCCUGCUACCUUCUGGUCGUCGCCCGUCGCUGAAAGACCUGACCGCCACCCUGCGGCGUGCAAAAUCCUUCACUUAUUCAGACAAACCCACGACAGCAGUGAGGUGUUACUUGACCGGUGGUGCCACGAAGAGGAGCUCCUCUGAGCAGCAGCUUGACUUGGAUGGAGAGGGGGAUGGAGGGAGAGUGUCUGUGUCAGAUAGGGAAGUAGAAAGUGAUGGGGGUGAUUUGAGGGUUAGGAGAGGGCAAAGAAUGAGAGAUUAUGGAUUUGAUGAUGAGGAUGAGGAAGGGAUGCCAACUCCAUUGCAGGAGAGGUAUGUGCAGGAAGCCAGGCAGGUCAUUCGAGAUAUCUGCCAGAUGAGUACUAGAGAAGAUGAUGACGUAGAUGUAAGGAGAACUGAUAAUGAUUUGGAGGAUGAAUGUUUCCAGCUCCAUAAAACAAAUGAGGAGAAGGAGAACGCAGGCGUGAGCAUUCAGGAUCAGGCAAGGACAGAUGAAGAGGCUGAGUUUAAGAACACAAAAGCCAGGGAUAAACAUGAGAGGGAGAGAGAGAACAGGGAGAGGGAGAGGAGCGAGAGGGAUGGACAAAGUAUGCAGUUGGAGAAGCUAAACAGCAGGGGCACAGAGUACAGGGAGAAGGCAAAGAGACAGAGCAGAGAAACGGAGAGAGGCUUACUGAAGGGCGACUCGGAGGAAAGCAUGUUCUACGACCGCUCUGUGGAUGAACUUUCUGGCCACGAGUCUAGUUUAACAGAUGAAGGGAUCGUAACCGAGCCAGAGACGAGCCCCAGUGACCCCUCUGAGAGGUCAUUCCUGGGGUCAGCAGGGGUUAAUUUGGGUUCACAAAUUGCUAGGGAUGUGCUAGGGCAGCCUGUCACCGCAUGGAAUCAAUCGGCUCUCCACGAGGCGGAGGGCUUUAAGAAGGAGAGAGAAGAGAUGACGGAGAACAGCCUGAAUUGUACAAAUCAUCUGAAUGAAGUCGGCGUACCUCCCUCCUUGCCUCGUCAUGCCCGUAUGGCUGAGAGUGACAGUAUUAUCAUGGAGCUGAGCAGCACUGCUGGUAUCAACAAUGUCAACACUAGCGGUGAAGAGAUCAACACCAACAGCGCUGUGUUGCUGAGGUCAGCAGGCACCGCAGGAGGCGGGAGACUUGAAGCCCCUGCGACACCAAGUUCUGUCCGUCGAAGGCGCAAGUUCUCCCCUUCUGGUAAUAACAACACAGGCUCCGAUUCCAGUAAUGGCAGUAAUGCAGAGUCAGCAGUAGCAGCUGUUGGAAAUGGGGAGUCCACAGUCUACCGUUCGCUCAGUGACCCCAUGCCUCAGCGGCGCUGUUCUGUGGCAGAAGAAGGGAAUAACAAUUUUUCCUCCGUAGACAGCAACCUGUUAGGAUCCCUAUCUGUCAAAGGAGGAGGAGGUGCUCCAGAGACCUCUGAUGUGGCCGUCCUGUCAGAAUACAAGGGCAGUGUGGCCAGUGACUUGUCAGUUUGCAGUGAUGGCGGGCUCCGGGAUGAUGCCGUUCGUGACUACAGUGGGGUUAUCAGGAGCAUCGUAGCUGAGCCAGGUGCAAUGGACAGACUGAUGACCGAUGACCAUGGCAAUGGCAAAGCCCCCAAGAAGAAGUCCUUCAGUGACCCCAGUCGCCGUAGCGACGCCCCUUUUCUUUCCCAGAAUGACCCUGAAUUCAAAGGUCAGAUUGGCAGUACUCAUCCAAUCAGUGAGCUCGAUCAACCUGGUCCGAUUCCACCUUCCAGCAGUGAGCCGAUCCUAAACGAGCAGAGGGAGGAACUGUGGGAGCCAGAAGUGAAGCCUAAGCACUCGUUGCCAACACAGUCAAACAUCAAAAAAGUCAAGAAAGCUCGUUCCCAGUCAGAAUGCACAACCCACUCUGAUAACCAUGAUGCUGAAGAUGAUGAUUUAAUAGACCAAAGUGGAGAAGAGACGGACGUGCAGAAGUUUAACUUUAAGCUGGCUGAGGUUCUGUCCCCUAGACUGAUCCGUCGGCCGACCAGGAAGCGUCCAAACAGGCUGGCUCAGUUUUUCCCUCAUGAGGACCCAUUUGAACCCCCAGAACUGGGUUCAGAGGAGCAGGAGGAUCACAGCAUCCAAACCGACCUCACCCCUCCCCUUCCCCCACUGCAAUCCAAACCCAAAACCAAACCCAGGCACGUCCGCCAUGCGAGCGAACCCGCCACCUUUAUCCCCAUCUCCCCACCUCCACAACUCCAGCCGCUGAAGGAAGUGGACUGCCUUGCUGUCCGACCCGCUGCAGAGCCUUCGACCUCAAGUAAGCCCCCGGGAGACGAGGCUCCAUCUCUGGAGCAUGUGACGCAGAAGUAUAUUCUGGAACUGAGUACUGCUGAGGGCCCAGGGCCUCUACCAGUGGCCAGGGAUGAAGCCGAAGGUUCAGUGUCGGCAUGCGAGGGGCCCAGCGAGACCAGCGCCAGUGGAAUUACAGAAGCUGGACCAGAGAAGAAGAGCACAGAGGACACUGCACCCACAGCUACUCCACAGAGGACCAAGCCCAAAGUGGACAUGAGGAAACAUGUGAUGAUGACCCUCUUGGACACAGAGCAGUCAUAUGUGGAGUCAUUACGCAGUCUCAUUCAGGGCUACAUGCGUCCUCUCAAACAGCAGGACAGCGGCUCCAUAGUGGACCCUCUGCUGGUGGACGAGAUGUUUUACCAGAUCCCGGAGAUCCUGGAGCACCACGAGCACUUCCUCGAGCAAGUCGCCGGCUGCGUCAGCCAAUGGCACGAUAGGCAGACCGUCGGAAACAUCCUUAUUCAAUCCUUCUCCAAAGAGACUCUAGCCAAUAUGUAUUCGGCGUACAUCGACAACUUUCUCAACGCCAGAGAUGCUGUGAGGAUUGCCAAGGAGGCCAAACCAGCGUUUCACAAGUUCCUGGAGCAAAACAUGCGUGAGAACAAGGAGAAACAGGCUCUGGGUGAUCUGAUGAUUAAACCAGUCCAGAGGAUUCCUCGAUAUGAGCUGCUCGUCAAGGACCUGCUCAAGCACACUGCGGAGGAUCACCCAGACCACCCAUACUUACUGGACGCCCAGAGGGACAUCAAGCGACUGGCUGAGAAGAUCAAUAAGGGCCGUCGCUCCGCUGAAGAGGCGGAGAGGGAGGCCAGGGUCAUCCAGGAGAUCGAGGCGCACAUAGAGGGAGUUGAACAUAUUCUGAACCCCCAGAGGAAGUUCUUGAGACAGGAAAUGGUCAUGGAGGCGAAGACAGUUGGUGGAAAGAAAGACCGUUCUCUCUUCCUCUUCAGUGAUCUGAUCAUCUGCACCACUCUCAAGAGGAAGUCUGGCUCGCUAAGACGCAGCUCAAUGAGCCUAUACUCUGCUGCGAGUGUGAUUGAUACUUCCAGUAAAUACAAGUUCCUGUGGAAGCUUCCCCUGGAGGACGUGGAGGUGGUGAAAAGCCCCACUCAGGCAACAAACAAGGAGACCAUCCAGAAGAUGAUAAGUCGAUUAGACGAGGAUCUCAGCACUCUGGGUCAGAUCAGCAAACUGUCUGAGACCCUCAGCUUCCCACACCAGUCCCUCGACGAAGUGAUAAAGGAUCUGAUGGCGUCAGUGCACAGGGAGCUGUCUGAGAAGCAGUCUCUGGCCUUCAGCAUGACCUUCCUGCCCACAAAGCUGGAGUUCACCACGGCCUCCGCUGAGAGCAACUUCAUCUUCGAGUUCACCUCGCCUGACACUCGGUCCAACUUUGAACAGGCCUUUGAAGACGCCAAGAAGAAGCUAGCAAUGAAUAAGGACCAGUGGGACCCAGAGUUCCUGAAGGCCAUUCCUAUUAUGAAGACACGUAGUGGAAUGCAGUUUUCGUGUGCCUCUCCCAGCCACAGCAGUCCUGACAGUGGCUGGGAGGUGUGGGUGUGUAACAGCGAUGGAUACGUGGGCCAGGUGUGUCUGUUGAACAUCAAAGAUGAGCCAACAGUUGAGGCCUGUAUCGCUGUCUGCUCAGCGAGAAUCAUAUGUAUCGCUGCGGUACCAGGACUCAAGGGAAGGGAGCGUGGAUCAGAGCCCAGGCUGGCCACUGCCUCCGGAGCACCUGGUCCCACCCAGCAGCAGCUCCAUAUAUCUAUCUCUCAUUCAUCUCUGGAGCUGACGGAGCGACCUACAGGACCAGGGGCGGAGCUUGUUCCUUUUGACAGUGAUGACACGGAUGAUGAGGAUUCACCCAGCCCUUCCUCCACUCUACAGAGUCAGGCCAGUCACUCCACCAUAUCAUCCAGCUAUGGCAAUGACGAGGGCACGGGCUCAAAGGACAUGGCUACAGAGACCACCAGCAGUGAGGAGGAGCAGGAGUUCCCAGUGGCGAGCUCCUACGGAGCUCCGGGAAUAUUGGGGGUUGGCGGCGGAAGUCGCGCCCACACAGAGAGCCCUAUGGACGGCCGCGCCAUGCGCCGCUCCUCCCGGGGCUCGUUCACCAGGGCGAGCCUGGAGGACCUGCUCAGCAUCGACCCGGAGGCCUACCAGAGCUCUGUGUGGCUGGGCACAGAGGAUGGAUGCAUCCAUGUGUACCAGUCCUCGGACAACAUCCGUAACCGUAAGAACAGCAUGAAGAUGCAACACUCAGCCUCCAUCCUCUGUGUACUGUAUUUGGACAACAAAGUGUUUGUGUCCUUGGCCAAUGGAGAGUUGAUCGUCUAUCAGAGAGAAGCAGGUAGUUUCUGGGACUCUCAGUCUUCUCAGACAUUGGUUCUGGGCACGCCCAGUAGCCCUGUCACCAAAAUGGUUCCUGUAGGAGGAAAGCUGUGGUGUGGCUCACAGAACAGAGUCCUUAUUAUCAACACAACUACACUGGUACAAGAGCACUGGUUCCAGGUGGGCACAGACAGCAGUCGGUGCGUGACUUGCAUGGUGGCGUACGGUCAGGGUGUGUGGUUGGCGUUGCAGGGCAGUGCGCAGGUCAAACUGUACCACGCUCAGACCCUGGAGAGCCUCACAGAGGUGGACGUGGCACCUGCUGUGCAUAAAAUGCUUGCAGGUGCAGAUGCCAUCAUCAGACAGCACAAAGCUGCCUGUCUGAGAAUCACAGCAUUGCUGGCAUGUAAAGAUCUGCUCUGGAUCGGCACCAGUGCAGGGGUGGUCCUUACGCUGGUGAUCCCAGCGGUGAGCUCUGGAACCGGGGCUGGGACACUGAAAUCUCCCCAGGUGCCAAUGGGCUCGGCUCACGGACACACGGGCCACGUUCGCUUUCUGACAUCAAUCGAACUACCGGAAGGGUUUGACAUGAACUUCCCUCCUAUGGCAGCUGACUCUACAGGCAACCAAUCCCAAAGUGGCAGCACAGUUGAUGGGAACCUCCAAAGGCGUGACUCUUCGCGUCGCCGAGCUUCUGCCCUCAUCCCUUCAAAAACCAACCACCUAGUCAUUUCCGGUGGCGACGGCUAUGAGGACUUCAGACUGACCAAUAGCAGUGAAACAGUCGGACGGGAUGACAGUACCAACCAUCUUUUGCUUUGGAAGGUCUGAGACAAUCGAACCCGAUUUGAACAACCCGCCCCAACCUCCCUUUAUCUAAGAACUGCGCACAAUUUCCUGCCCUUUUCCCCAACGGACUCCUCACUUUUUGGUGUAGUUGCUUUGGUCUUCUGCUCAGUCCACCAGUCUCUAUGUGCACAAUGUGGCUGUCAACUCCCUCCUGGCCUUACUAAUGAAUAUGAUCACUUCAAAGCCAGUUUUCUUGUGUUAAUGUUUCUGAUGGUGUGCGUUGUACCUCACUGAGUGGUGUCUGUGCGUGUGUAUUUGUUUGCAAAUAAUGUCUAGAAGAGUGUCUUUAAACUCAAGUCAUUACUGAAUGAGACAGAAGAAGACGGAGAAGGGGAGAAUGAAACUUUCACACAUGGAGGUAUGUGUAGACUGAGAACAAGUGAAGAGAAAGACAGAAGAGGACUUGGACUCUGCAGAAUGUCCUUGCACAGGAGGUUGAAAGAAGACAUUUAAUUGACACAUGUACUUUCCUUUGAAAUUUUCUCUGUUUUUUUUGGACUUGGACAUCAACCCUUUACUCCAUCAUCACUUCAUCUUAGCCUGAACUGCAGACACAAAGCCUCGAGAUGAUCAGAGGUAAAUGUCGUGUCAAAAUAUACGAAUGGAAACUAUAUAUAUAUAUAUAUAGUAAAACAUACCAUCAUAGACUGUAGUUUGAUGGAUAUCCUGGAUUUGCAUCCAUUUCUGCAACUACAGUAGAGCUCAAGCAUGGAAAAGAGGUUCAGUUGACAUCUGUGAGCUUUUAAAGGAGUAAAAGACAGAGUAUUCUUGUCAUCUAGACAACACCCCCUAAUGGCAGAUCUGAGAUUAGACAUUUCUGGUCCUACAGUAGUAGGGUUGUAAUAAUAUCUACUCCACGAUCAUUGCUUAUAGAUGUGAGACUGCUGAAAUAAUCCUUUCUCCUGUAGAGGGAGAGUGAAUAUCAUUAAAGUGCAAUAUGUGGCAAUGGUAUCUAGCAAGGCACAUGCACACAGUCACACACACACACACACACAUUAAUGCACAGCCUUCACUCACUGAAGACAUUUGUGAGCAACAUAAAUGUGUGUUUUCCACAGCUAAUCACUUUGUGUCAGAUUUUCUUAUUUAGUUUUUGUUGGAGUUGAGUAGAAAAAAAUUGGAUUGGAGAUGUUCCUCCUUAACAUGACUAUGCCAAAGCCUUGUAUGCGUUACAGUUUUGGCAUUAAGGGAUCUGAAAAGAUUCCUUUUGCCAUGAAAUUUCAGUUUGUUGAGCAGAAAUCAGGAGCUGAUGUUACUGACUUUUAUGACGCUAGGCUGUGGUAACAGAUAACGACAGUUAUGUACAGUAUUUAUGGUUUUGAUUUUACCGCCUUCUUUUACAGCACUUAAUUUAUAGACGAUUUAGCUUUCACUUUUUGUUUUUGAAUUGAAGAACAUGGAGGCCCUGGCUUGAUUAGCAGAAUAGAUAAAUGGGGUAUGGUUUGGUUCUGGCACACAGACAUACACAGCAGGGGUGUAACGAUGCAGUUCACUCAUGGUUCGGUACGAUGCACAAUACAGGGUUUUUGUUUCGGAGUUGUGUAACUCCCUAAAUGUAGGGAAACAAAUCCAGACAGGAGAGGGUCUGGAAGUAUUUUUGUCUCUACUCAUUUAUUGGCUGUUUUUGGCCAAAAGAACCAGACUGUAGCCUGGGAAAACCCCUGACGAACUUCCGGCAAAUUUGAGAUUUGCUCUGCAAGUCUGUCUGGCCAAGAGCUCAUUCAAACCCAUUUCCAGUUUUUCUAAAUCAAGGCACCAAUCACCGUUGAGGCGGGCUUUACACGAUGACGAUAGCGACGGCAAGCAGCUUUUUGUUUACAUUCAACAUGACGACCACCAAAGUGCAGCAACAUGUUGAUGCCGCUGUUGCUGCUACAUCACCCCCAUCGUUGGUCUGAUUGGUUGGACUAUCCAAUGCACACAGAGGCUUUUGAGCGGAGUCCGUUGGUGACGCCCCUUUGGAAAUGGGCUGUGAAUGAACCUUCCCCAGACCCACUCUCAGUUACACCUGAGGAGGGUCUGGUUUCAACCAGGCUACCCAGACUGCAAACCGAUCCCAAAAUUCACCUCAAGUUGUCUCUGAACGCAGCUCGAUCCUCCUCAACACAGUCACUCUUUUGCCUGUUUGGGUGCCGAAUGCAAAGAUUUACUAAGUAUUUUAACUAUUUUUCAGCGCCACAGUGCAUAUUGGGGCAUUUUUGUCACAGGAAAUAUAGCGCUAAGAUGUACUGUUACACCCUAAUGCACAAACACUGAUUUCAGUAUUGAUUGUUGGAGAACAAAAUGCAUGUGGUUUGUUUGUGAGGGCAGAAGGACAAGUGCUGAGCACCUGCACAUGCCUUCAGAGGGCUAAACGUCAAGCCAUUAAAAAAACACACACACACACACACACACACACACAGACAGGCACAGUAAGAAGUCAGCUCUCCCUUGUACUACAGCAGAUGUCUGAAGGAAGUGAAGAGUGACCCUGACUUGUCCCUGCACACACUCACAUGUUAGCCUCAGGCUUUGAGUGUAAAGCCUGAGGUUGUCUUUGAUCCCUCCAAGCCUAGAAAACCUCACUGCCCUUUGCCAGCCAUCUGGGCACGUCACCUCAGCUUUCCCCACUUCCCAACACAUUUGUAUUAGGGUUAGCUCUCCCACUGUUCUAUCAGCUAACGUUUCGGUUGAGGAUUUGGUUGGUUAUUGUGAUAGCUGCCAACUAGCUAGUGCUCUUUGCGUGUGUGUGUGUGCGUGUGUGUGUGUGUGUGUUUGUGUGUGUGUGUGUGUGUGUGUGUGUGUGUGUGUGUGUGCCCAAGUGCUCCGUUAAUCAGUUGAAAAGUUUUAAAAGGACGUUGUUUGUGAUUUUCUGCCCACUAUGAGGCAGAAAUUACAGUUAGCUUGUGGUAGCAUGUGAAGAAUACAGCAGAGAAUAGUUUGAGAAUUUUAGCAGAUGUUACAGGACUAAUUCAACAUUUUAAGAAAAGCUGCUUAUUCGGCUUCUUCGGUCGAAAAAGAUUGACACCACUCUCAUGUCUGUACGGUAAAUAUUAACCUACAGCCAGAAGCCGCUUAGCUUAGCAUAGCAUGAACACUGGAAACAGGGAAAUGGCUAGACUGGCUUGUUCCAAAGGUACAAAAAUAAACAUCUUGUUUGCUUAUUCCAUAUUAAAAAAAUGUAAGACUACAGCGUGCCAUUUUUGUAUACAUUUUGGUUUUUGUAAUCUCACAACAAAUAAGAUAAGGCAUGAUAGUGGUAUUAAUCAUCUUAUCUAACUCUGAGCAAAAAAGUUAAUACAAUUAUUUCCCAUAAUGUUCAAUUAUUCCUUUACCCUCUUCUAAAGUUAAGGUAGCAGAUAUAAGUGUUUUUUUAUGUUCUGUAUGAUUGACAACAAAAUUAAUAUUUGUGUUCUUGUGCCAAGACCUGACAAGUCACCCAUGAAAAUGCUGUAUAUCUAUGCUGGCUUUAGAGUAAUGAAGAGCUCCCUGCAAAAUGGAGUUAGUAUGUUUUCUGUGAGAAAUUGAGGGGAGGAACACCGGAGUGCCAGCGCCUUUUGGAGCAGUGUUUCUAAAACUGUGAGUUGGGCAGCAAAAAAGGGUAGCAGCCCCUCGAUGGUGGGUCCCCACUUCAUUGAAUCUCUAGUGUAUUAAUGAAUUUUCUUAGUUUUCUGGGCUGAAACCGCUACCAUGGUUGGAGUCGGUAACUUUAAAUUUAGCCGAUUCAGAAAGUUUGUAGAUUUUCUUUCAGAUCAGAAAAAUAUUUACCUUGAGAAUAUACUUUUAUGUUUCCUUGGUAGUUUCAUAAGAAUGAUUGACUGAGUAAUUAUAUUUUCAGCAGGUGCAUUUUAGGUUUUGAGCCCAGUGGGUUGACUUAGACUCUUUUCAUUUUACGGACAUACAAGCAUGCACACAAACACGCUGUGUCUUGGAUUUAAAAACGUGAUGCUAAUUUGACCCAGAUUGAGAGAAUGACGCAUGUUGAAGAUUUACACUUAAUUUUUGCCAUCACAUCAAACUCAUUCUACCAUCACUGUAAUACACAGCAGACUUGUAAGUCACAUCCUCAUGCCCGUAUGUGAAAGAAGUCUUUAUUGUUGUAAAUAUUGGUAUAUAUUGCCUUUUUCUGUAAAUAGUGCACCCACAUGGUCCUCAAUUGUUGAUAUGAAUCUAAUGGCAUAUUUUUAUAUAUUUGUGUAAGGUUUGUUUUUGUUUGUAUUUUUCCCCCUUCUCCUCUCUGGCAUGCGCUGUCAGUGACGUUUAAAUUAUAACUGUCAUAGAUCUUUCCAAAAGAAAGAUGGCCACUUGUUGCCAGGGUGACUUAAAGGUAGAAUUUUGGCAUUGAUGUUUUACUGGUAGCCAUAUUAGCUCCAAAAUUUAUCUUUGCCUUGUUAUGGAAAUCUAUACAGGAAGGAAAAACAACCUGGUCCCAAUUCUGUUUAUCUCUGGAUCUGGUUGCAGUUGUCAUGGUCUAUCAGAGUUACUGUAUGUAGUUGUACUCGUUUUGUCACUGUAGGUUCCUCUUUGUAAUUAAAUCAGUUCACUGGU